CCGCCGGGGCAGUGGACGCGCGUCCGAGCGGCCUGGUCAGGGCGAUGUCGCUCUGAGGAGGUCGCGGCCGCCGUCUCCUUGCUCCCGCUCCCGGCUCCCGGCUCCCCCACUCCGCUCCGGUUCGGCGGGCAGUGCCGUGCGCCAUGGGUUCCAUCCUGAGCCGCCGCAUUGCGGGGGUGGAAGACAUCGACAUCCAGGCGAACUCGGCCUAUCGCUACCCCCCGAAGUCCGGAAACUACUUUGCUUCACACUUUUUUAUGGGAGGUGAGAAAUUUGACACCCCCCACCCUGAAGGUUACCUCUUUGGAGAGAACAUGGAUUUGAACUUCCUGGGCAGCCGCCCUGUCCAGUUUCCCUACGUUACCCCUGCCCCCCACGAGCCAGUGAAGACACUGAGGAGCCUGGUGAACAUCCGCAAAGACUCUCUUCGGCUUGUGAGGUAUAAAGACGAUGCUGACAGUCCCACCGAGGAUGGUGAGAAGCCCCGGGUGCUGUACAGCCUGGAGUUCACUUUCGACGCUGAUGCGCGCGUGGCCAUCACCAUCUACUGCCAGGCAGUGGAGGAGUUCCUGAAUGGCACAGCAGUGUACAGCCCCAAGAGUCCUGCUCUGCAGUCGGAGACAGUGCACUACAAGAGAGGUGUUAGCCAGCAGUUCUCCCUGCCAUCCUUCAAGAUUGACUUCUCUGAGUGGAAAGAUGAUGAGCUGAACUUUGACCUGGACCGGGGCGUGUUUCCGGUGGUCAUCCAGGCUGUGGUGGACGAGGGAGAUGUUGUGGAAGUGACGGGCCACGCUCAUGUACUCUUGGCUGCCUUUGAAAAGCACAUGGAUGGAAGCUUCUCUGUGAAGCCUUUAAAGCAGAAGCAGAUUGUGGACCGGGUCAGCUACCUGCUGCAGGAGAUCUACGGCAUCGAGAACAAGAACAAUCAGGAAACCAAGCCCUCGGACGAUGAGAACAGUGACAACAGCAACGAGUGUGUGGUGUGCCUGUCAGACCUGAGGGACACGCUGAUCCUGCCCUGCCGCCACCUGUGCCUGUGCACCUCUUGUGCUGACACGCUGCGGUACCAGGCCAACAACUGCCCUAUCUGCCGUCUGCCAUUCCGGGCCCUCCUGCAGAUCCGGGCUGUGCGGAAGAAGCCAGGGGCCCUGUCCCCCAUCUCCUUCAGCCCCGUUCUGGCCCAGAGUGUGGACCAUGAUGAGCACUCUUGUCCUUUUAAAAAAUCAAAGUCGCACCCCGCCUCACUGGCCAGCAAGAAACCUAAAAGGGAAACAAGUGCCGACAGUGUCCCGCCCGGCUACGAGCCCAUCUCCCUGCUUGAAGCACUUAAUGGCCUGAGGGCGGUCUCUCCAGCCAUCCCUUCGGCUCCCCUUUAUGAGGAAAUCACAUACUCUGGUGUCUCAGACGGUCUGUCCCAGGCCAGCUGCCCCCUGGCUGGGCUUGACCGAAUCCUGGAAAGCAGCCACCAGAAGGGCAAGCCGAGGAGCAAGUCUCCAGACAGCACCCUGAGGUCCCCAUCAUCUCCCACCCGUGAGGAGGAGGAGAAGCUCUCGGAGACCUCAGAUGCUCCUGUCCCUUCGGGUGUCUUGGAGCCAGCGCUGCGGGAGAGCAGCUCCCCUGAGAGCUUCAGAACAGAAGAAGUUGAGGAGGCAUCGUUAAAGCAAGGGAGCCGCGUGCCCUCCAUCGAGGACGUCCUGCAGGAUGGCAGUCCCCAGAACCAUGGCUGUGGCCCAGCUGGCCCUCCUGCUGACAUCUACCUACCAGCUCUGGGGUCCGAGUCCUGCUCUGUUGGUAUAGAGGAGUGAGCGGGAUGGUCCACCUCCAUGGAGACACCCCACGGCCUCGGCACCACCGGCCCUCCCUGGCCUCCACGCGGUGGCUCCAGUCCAGAGCCUGGGCCCACUGAGCUCACCCCACUGUGAGCCCAGCCCAGCUGACAGCAUGGAGCCCUCAGCCCCCCGGACCUUGCUGAGGGGCUUCCCUGAACCCCAGCACGAUCCUGGCCUCUCCUGUCUGUGCACCUCAUGUGACUACCAGACUGCGAGGGGCCACCGUGACCCUGGAUCAAAGAGCACAGUGGACUGCCCCCUCUGCACCCCCUUUUUCUAUGGUCGAUCUAUUUGUAAUGGUACAAAUGAAGGACAGCAGCUUUCUACCCGGGCUCUCGGGGCCUCCCACAGAGGCCAGGUUGAUGCUCCAAGAGCUCAGCAAACCAGCAGAAGAGACGGUACUGAAGGGUUAAGUGCUGUCUGUAGACAUUCGGGAAGCCUUUGGGAAGCCUGGCUUGUAGUCAAUGAAGGAACCGUGUCUGUCCGAGCUGUGUGUGCGUCCUCACAGCUGCCUGGCUGUCGCCAGUUUCAUCCUUUGGUGGCCUUGCUGGCAUUGGGAGGCCCCACCUGCCCUGCCCUGCCCUGCCGCCCCCUCCCCUGACCCUUGGGCACCUAGCACCUGCCCUGGUUGCCCUGCUUGCCUGGGCAGCACCAUGCAGCCUGAAGAGGGGGCAGUGCCACACCACACUGGUAGUGGGUGGUAUUGAGAGCCUGGGCCCCAUGCGCUGCAUAAAUAAGGUCCUGACCUUAUCUCAGCUGUCCCCCAUGGUCAAGGCAUUUCUGCUUACUUGGUGGCACUCCUGGGGAGGGACCUCCCCCCCCCUCCCAUUGCCAACUAAUGCCCCCUUGCCUUUCUCACUGAUGGAUUCCACCCGAGGAGGAGGGUUCUGGUAUGAUGCUUGCACCUGUGCGUAUUGCCAUUGCCAGUACUGGGGCUUGUAUUCAUGGCCUGGUGCUCUUGCUCAUGCUUGUUAACAGCUGGUGCUUUGCCACUUGAGCCAUGCUUCCAGCCUGGCUCUUUGCUGGUGAAUUGGGAAAUGGAGUCUCAAGGAUAUUUCUGCCUGGGCUGGCUUUGAACUUUGACCUUCCAGGUAGCUAGGAUUACAGGCAUCAGUCAUAGGUGCCCAGCAGUGAUGCAUGCUUUAAGGUGACUUUUCAGUAGAAAGGCAAAGGUAGCAUCUGGCACUAGUGCCCAUGCAGAACUUAGAACUUCCCCAGCCCAUCCUGGAGCCAGUGCUGGGAGUGGCGUGGCCUGCAGAGGGAGCGGAGCUUGCCUUGAUGCUUAGGGCAUCUGGAGCCUGGCUUUGUCCCGUGAGAUGCUUGAAAGGAGAUGCAGCUAGUGGCCUACUUGAUCUCUGAACAGAACAGUGUCUACACGCCCAGCUGCCUGCUACACACAUGCGCGUUUACACACGUGUAUACACGCGUACACACGAGCAUGUGCGUGCAUGCUCAUUCCCUGCUUGGUACUGGUGCCAGUACUUUGAAGGAUGGGAUGCAGACUAGCCUAUCUCGGACUUACACGUGCUAUCAUUUGUUGUACUCUGGCUAGUUUUUGGUUCGUUUUUACUGUAUAUUUAUAGUAAUAAAACCAUGCAGCAGUA